GGUUAAGUUUUAAAUAUUCAAAUGUUUAAAAAAUUUCAAAGAAACUUUGCAAUUUUAUAUGGUAUGGACUUCCUGAAACAUAACUGAAUAUACAUUUGCGUUAAAAAACAAGUUUACUCCUAGACAUGGACUCACUCAAACCAACUCUGGAAGAACUGAAUUUCUGUAUGCGUGAUCCAGACUGCAUAAGAAAUGUUUGUAUUCUGGCGCAUGUUGAUCAUGGGAAAACAACAAUCGCUGAUUCACUCUUAGCCACCAAUAGGUUGGUCAGUAAACGGUUGGCUGGUUUUCUCAGAUACCUAGAUGAUAGACCUGAUGAACAAGAGCGUGGUAUAACAAUGAAAAGUAGUGCUGUUUCUUUGUUGAAUUUGGUACAUGAUGAAGAAGAUAACAAAAAUAAACGUAUAUUAUUGAAUUUGAUAGAUACUCCUGGCCAUAUAGACUUUUCUACAGAAGUAGGUGCAGCUUUGAGAGUGUCUGAUGGAGCUAUUAUAUUGGUGGACCUUGUGGAGGGUGUAUGUGUUCAGACAAGGGAAUCCAUAAAGAAUGCAUUUGAAGAACAUACUCAGAUGAUUCUGGUUCUGAACAAAUUUGACAGACUCAUAGUUGAAUUGCAAAAAAAUAUAGAUGAAAUAUUCCAGUGUAUAUUGAGAAUUAUAGAAGGCUGUAAUGCAAUUGUAGCUGAGCUUUAUCAAUAUGAAUUUACAGACACUGAUGUUGAUGUUGAAGAUACAGGACUUCUAUUCUGCCCAAAUACAGGAAAUGUGAUUUUUGCUAGUGCUGUUGAUGGCUGGGGUUUCACCACAAAACAAAUGGCAGGUAUGUUUGUGAAUAUAGUAAAGAAUGAAACUGUAGAAUCUUUGAAUGAAAAAAUGUGGAAUUUCGACUGCUUUAUUGACUCAAAGAAAGAAAUAAAAACUGGAGCUAUUGACAAAAAGAAAAAUAAUCUCUUUGUGCAAUUAUGCCUAAAGACCAUAGUUCAUAUUUAUGAAACAUUUGUUAUUAGAAUGGAAAGAAAUAAAACUUCUUCCAUACUAGAAAAACUCAACAUUACAAACAUUACCAGAGACAUGACACAUAAUGAUCCAAAAGUUCAGGUUCGUGCAGUUUUACAAGCAUGGAGACCAUUAGCCUCAACAAUUCUCCUACAAUGCCUUAAAAAAAUUCCAUCUCCAUCCAAAAUGAAGAAAACAAAGGUGGAGUAUUUGCUAAGAGUAAACAGAUUCUGUGAAGAUCAGUAUUUGAAUAAAUGUGUUGAGAAUAUGCUUCCAUUUUUUGAGAGUAUUUCAACAGAAUCUGCAACACCAACUAUAGUCUAUGUAUCCAAAAUGUUUUGUGUGAACAAAAAGAAUCUUUCACAAAAUAAACCAAAAAUAUUUGUACCUAAACCUAGGACUGAAAUCAGUGAGAAUCAGAAACUAUCAGAGAUUUGCAUUAAAGAGAAGCCAGAAGAAGAAAACACAGAUAAUCCUGUUAUAACUGUAGAUGAUGAUAUCAAAGUCAUAGCAUUAGCUAGAGUUUUCACAGGCAUUCUCAGAGUUGGACAAGAAAUUUUUGUCUUGACUGGUUCAUAUUUGCCAAAUGAAAAUAAAAUAUGUGAGAACCCUGAAGAUUUUCUUAACAGCAAUGGUAAUCUACAAAAAACAACAAUAAAAGAGCUAUACAUGCUAUUUGGACGUGAAUUAUUAUUGGUAGAUGCUAUUCCUGCUGGUAACUUCUGUGGAAUUGGUGGCAUAGAAUCUCACAUACUUCGUACAGCUACCUUGUCUACCAUUCUUGAUAUUGUACCACUUGCUGAACACCCCCGUAUAGAUCCAGUAGUUCGCCAUGCAGUAGAACCAGAAAACCUCAAAGAUUUGCCAAUUCUGCGACAAGGGUUGAAGUAUCUCAUGCAUAGUGAUUCUUGUGUAGAAGUUGUAAUGCAAGAAACUGGAGAACUUGUACUGCUCACUGCUGGUGAUGUUCAUCUGGGAAAGUGUAUAGAAGACUUGAAAACAAAAUUUGCUAAGAUAGACAUCAAUGUAUCAAGUCCAAUGGUCUCCCUGAGAGAAACUAUAGUAGUAAACCAAAAUGAUGAUUACAAUUUUGUGAAGGAUACUAGUAAUUAUGUUUCAUUAGAUUCAGAACAUUUUUCAAUGAGUGUAAUAGCAAAACCUUUGCCUGAUGCAAUCAGAGAGGUAAUCCAGAAUAACUAUGAAUUUUUGAAAAUGGUUGAGGAACAUCAGCAUAAGAGCUUCAUUGAUGUAGCUAAACAACAGUUUGGUAGGAACUCUGAAGAAAAUAUUGAAAUAGAAAAGACUUUCAUGAGAGAUACCACAAAAAAAGCUUUGACUCACAUUAAGGAACAGUUGGAAUCCACAUUUGCUUCUUCAGUACCUUGCUGGAAAGAUUUGCAGAAUAAAUUGUGGAGUAUUGGUAAAUCUAGUAAUUGCUUGAAUGUACUGAUAAACAAUGCAAGUGAUUAUCCUCAUAGUAUUUUUAUGGAACUAAGUAGCUGUGAUAAAAGAGCAUUAUAUGAUCACUGUAUCAUAAAAGCUUUCAAUACCUUAUGCAAAGCUGGCCCACUAUGUGAAGAACCCCUAACCAAUUGUGCCUUUAUAAUCAACAAAUUUGAUAUAACCAAGGAUGUAAAUCGAGAAGACCUUACUCCACAAACAACAUCAGCUCUUGAGUCAAAUAUACGAGAAACACUGAAAAAAUCCCUUGAAAAACAGAACCAGCGUCUGAUGGAACCUAUAUAUGUUACAGAAAUUCAAGUCAACACAAGUAUAUUAGGAAAAGUGUACACAGUAGUGAACAAGAGGCAUGGCAAAAUAAUUGAAGAUGUAUGUAUGGAUGAACAAGAAAAAAUCUUCCUUGUCAAAGCUCAGAUUCCAGUUAUUGCAAGUGAGGGUUUUGCAAAUGAGAUUCGUAAGACCACUUCCGGCCAAGCUAACCCCACUCUGAGGUUCAGCCACUAUGAGGUAAUUGAUGGGGACCCUUUUUACCAGCCAGUAGAGGACGACGAUGAGGAUGAAGAAGGUAUUAAUGUGGAGUCUGCACUGAGAGCAAAUAAGUUGAUGAAAGAUGCAAGAAGAAGGAAAGGGCUACAUGUGGAUGAUGAAGUAGUAAUACAUGCUGAGAAGCAAAGAACUAAAAAGAAAUAAAUAUUAUUUGUUAUUCAUCAAAGAUAUAGAAGCUAAUUUGUGAUUUCAAUAAACUUGUUAAAAUGUUCUAGAUAGGUAGAAGGAAGGAAGGAGGAAAAAAAUAAACAACAU